CUGACAGAAACACACACAGACUCACACACAGUCACACACACAUGGGGCAGAGAGCAGCUCACGCUGCGCGGAAACAGCACGUCCACAGACUUCUACAGAACCAGAGACAAGACAAGAGAGGGGAGAGAUAACACAGGAGACAGCUGGAGGUUAGUGGGGAAAAGAAAACAGACACAUAGGCCUUGAGCAAGUUCGUGCCCCAGCAGACACCAUGCUGUUUCUUGUGCUUUGCUGCUUCUGGCUCACACCAGCUGGCUUUGGUUUAGAGUUUCGUUAUCACAACUCAGCUGAGGUGGAGCAGUACCUGAGAGAGGUCAGCAGGAACUACUCCAGCUUCACACAUCUGCACAGCAUCGGCCACUCUGUAGAAGGCAGGGAGCUGUGGGUGUUAAUUCUGGGUCAGAAUCCUAGACAGCACCGCACCGGCAUUCCGGAAUUCAAAUACGUUGGCAACAUGCAUGGCAACGAGGUAGUGGGACGUGUCUUGCUGCUCCAGUUGAUUGAUUACCUGAUCAAAAAUUACCUGAGUGACCCUUUCGUGACCAGACUGCUCAACAGCACACGCAUCCACAUCCUGCCCUCAAUGAACCCAGACGGCUUUGAAUCAUCUGGACGAGACUGCAUGUAUUCGCAGGGCAGGUUCAACAAGAACGGUGUGGACCUCAACCGUAAUUUUCCAGACGCUUUCUCAAAUGAUAAUGUGAUUUUGAGGGAGAAAGAAGUGGUAGCUGUGAUGGAGUGGAUGAAGACAGAAAGAUUUGUCCUUUCUGCUAAUCUCCAUGGAGGAGCAGUGGUGGCCAGCUACCCCUAUGACAACAGUAAUGGAGGCAGUGAGCUGCAGGGGUUGUCCAGCAUCACCCCAGAUAAUGACGUCUUCAUCCACCUGGCCAAGACUUACUCAUUCAACCAUACCACCAUGCACAAAGGAGACAGCUGCUACGACUCCAAAGACUUCACUGACGGCAUCACCAAUGGCUAUAGCUGGUAUCCCCUCACAGGGGGGAUGCAGGACUAUAAUUAUGUAUGGGGUCAAUGUUUGGAGCUCACCCUGGAACUGUCUUGCUGUAAGUUCCCUCCAGAGAGUGAACUGCCGGGUCUGUGGGCGGCCAACAAGCCUGCACUGCUUGCAUAUAUGCAGCAAGCUCAUCUAGGUUUGAAAGGUCAAGUGCUAGACUCGAAUGGGAUACCUGUCCAGAAUGCCUCAGUGGAGGUUAAUGGGAGGAGAAACCUUUGUCCAUUCAGAACAGAUGGUAAUGGGGAGUAUUACAGGCUGCUGCUGCCUGGGAACUACACAGUCACGGUGACACACUCGGCACAUGUGUCCAUCACAGAGACCAUCUCAGUGCCAUACGGUCCGGAGAAAUUCAGUGCUUUAACACACAAUUUCCAGCUUCAGAGGAGCUCCAGCGAUUCUUCCUUAGGAGCAACAAUACAACCCACCUGUGUGUCCCCCAAGCUACUAAACUCAGAGAACCACAGUGCCACCCUGCUGCCCUGUGCAUUCACUGCACUUAGUGUCCUUAUACUUCAUAGACUCCUGCUGUCCUGAGGAUAGCCUUUUGCUUAGUGCUUAUUUGAAUGAAAAAUGUACACUUUGCCCACCUUGCACAAUCACUCAAGCCUGGCUUAGUGGAUUUUGUUUUGGUUCAUCAGGUAAUUAUCUUUUUUCUGCAGGUUGCUACAGCAAGAGAAUGGACUCCAACAAUUGAGCUUGAAGUGCCAGAAUGAGGCGAACAGCUAUAGAUACACUGUGGUUUAUAAACAGUCCAGGACUUGUGGUUGUUGACCAUUGAACAUAUUAUUUGUCUUUGUACAGGCUAAACCUGUGUCUUUUUGACCCAGUUGGGUCCAAAAGUAUCCAGACAUCAAGGGCGUUAAUAAGGAUUUGUCACUCUAGGUAGGUUUUACACCACAUGUGGAGACUUGAUUCCACUCCAGUGUUUCAUCAGUGAUAUUGGCCAAUUAAGUAGGAAAUAAUUAUUUAAAAAUGAAGUAUUAAAAACCCCUGACCUAACUAGAAUCAGGUCAGUUUUAUGUAAAGGGGUUUACUAAAUAUGCAAAAUAACAUUAGUAACAGAACUAACCAACUAUUUAAUCUUAAGCAGAAGAAGACCUUUUAGCUAACACUAGCUGGCUUGAUGUGAGCUAGCUAUAUAAAUCUAAUUAUAAUCACAUUAAUAAUAAUAUAAUAAUACUGCUAUAAAUAAUAUAAUAAUAAAUAAUGAUAAGAAUGUAAUCCUGUCAGCUUUGUUGGACGUUGUUUUCUUUUGGUUUAUCAGAUGAUUAUCUGCUUUCUGCAGGUCGCUACUAUAAAAGAACAGACAGAAAAGUGUCUCUGAAAUAGCCAGACAGCUACAAAAUACAAUAUAGGUCAGUUUCCAGUUUAACAUUGAAAAUCAUUUUCAAGUCUGGAAAUAGGCAAAGUAUGUGUCUGGGAAAUUAACCCAGUAUGAAUCCUAAUCCAAAAGUGCAUGUAAGUUAUUUAAUCAACACCCAUUUCAAUCUCAAGCUAAUCUAACUUUUCUCACUGGUAGAAAGACUGAUUCUUUUAACGUAAGCACAUUAGUUGGUUUUGCAGCAGCUUGCAGUUUACAUUUACAUCACUGAGCAGAUGCUCAUAUCCAGAAUGACUUACUAAAGUGCUUUGUUAUCCAAUCAGAAAUGUAUUUUAUUCGUAGCUAGUACAAAUAGCCUGGAGUUUAACACCCUUGAGAUAACAGCACACAUACACAUACAUACACAACAGCACACAUACAUAAAUAACAUUUCAUAAAUCCAAUUAUAAGACAUUUUAGUGCAAGAUUAGUGUUCAUUUAAAUACAUUUCACAGAUAUGGGUCUUCAGUUGGCAUUCCAAGCAGGCGUUCCAGCACUGGUUGAAAUGCCAUCAGAAGUUCAUUCUACCACCUGGAUUCCGGGACAAAGAACAGUCUUGAUGUCUGUCCUCCAUGUGUCUUGAGGGAUGGCGGGUCAAGCCAAGCUUUACUUGAAGGUCAAAGGGCUCUAAUUAUGUGUCGGGUUUUGACCAUUUGCCAUUGCGUUGGGUAGGGUUUGGCCCAUUUUGGUUUGUAGGCAAGCAUCAGGGUUUUAAAUCUAAUGCAGGCAGCAACAGAAAGGAUGAAGGGUAUGUAGUGUCUGAGGGACAUGUGGGAAGUUCAGGUGUCACUGAAAUCUGAUAGCCUGCAUAGGGGUGAGGUGCAGUAGUGAAGUCUCUAGAUUUGAGCUUCUUGUAUAAUAUGUGCUGAAUGCUGACACUUGGUGUGUAGAGAACUUAGGAUUGUAAAUAAAGAUUACAUGUGUGGCUGUGUCAGCACUGGGUCCACCUUAAAUUAACUAAAAUUCACUAAUUAGAAGGUGUCUGGAUACUUUUGAACACAUAGCGUGCCAGCAGAAGACUGACUCAGGCUGUGUAUGUAAUCACCGUCUUGUCAUGAAGUAUCAUGCUUUGGAAACCCACUAUAGAAUUUGUCUGCUAUCCCUCGAUGUCCACAGCAGACUACAUAGUAAUGUCAGGACUAAGAAUGUAACAGGAAGCUAAUAGAAAAGAGCUGACAGGCACUGACACAUAAUUACAGGCAUGUUGUAUGAAGACAGAGAGAAGAAUGAAGACUUGGAGUCAAUGUGAGCUUUUAUUUCUCCACCUGAGAUUUUAAUCAUUACAGCAGAGCAAAGCUCAGAUUUAUGACUUCAUUUUAUGUGUAUUUAUAUUUCUAUUGACAAAAACUACACUACUGUUCAAAAGUUUGACAUCAUUUCUUAGUCAUUUUUGCCUUUUAUGUACAAUAAUAACUUUUUUUUGCUCAAUAUUUUGUUGAUUUGAGGAGCCA